GUUUCUCAACAUCCGGGAACUUUGGGGGCUAACCAGCGAGUGGGGCUGGGUAAAGGAGGGCAGCGGCGGAAAGGCGGACUGAUGACAGCUGUCAAUGUGGACAAAAAAACCACUUCCAAAUUCCGAAGACUGGACUAAUGGCUGACCCUUAAUAUUCAAAAGGGAAAGAGGAAAACAUUGGCUGUGUCGCGGGAUAAUUCAAGACGUUGAAGAGGUUUUUAACCUACAGUCCUAUUUCACAUCAAAGCUCUGCACCUUACUGGAGGAGCUGCAGUUGGUCGGGCAACAUGGGCACACAAGGCACUGGUAGGAAGCGUGCCCCACUAAAAGACAGGUUCUCUGCAGAGGAUGAGGCCUUGAGCAGCAUUGCCCGAGAUGCAGAGGCCAGGCUUGCAGCAAAAAGAGCAGCUCGGGCAGAAGCCAGGGAUAUUCGGAUGAGGGAACUUGAACGGCAGCAAAAAGAGCUUUCUUACCGCUCAUCCAGCAGCAGUAACAGCAAAAAAUGGGGUCAAAUCCACCAGUGGAUGGCUGAAACAGAAAAAGCUAGAGCCACUAGUAGUAGUAGAUCAAGCAGCCGUCAUCGGGGCCAGGAUGAUGAUGUAAUGUCUGUCCGCAGCUACAGGUCAACAUCAUCAUCCAUCCGUGACUUGGGCUCAAACAGGAGUCGAUCCACUUCCCGUAGAAAAGACACCUUGUCUGAUGGUGUGACCAACAGCUCCAUUCUCAAGAGCUCGCGUUCUACUAGUUCUGUAUACAAUGAUCUACAUGGCCAUAAAAAGUCUUCAUCUAGCUCCUCCAGGAAAGAUCUGCUGACUGGACUGUACCAUGAUAAAAGAAAUUACAGCAGCCUAAUGAAGACCACACUUCCGCCUCCUCCGUCCAUCUCCUCCUAUCAGCCACGGGCCACCACUUCCUCCUCCUCCUCCACCAUUGGCACAGGGCUGCCGCGUAGCUAUAGCAUGGCCUCUAUUUAUGACGACACCGCUCUUUACGGCUCAAGCCACGGUUCAAGAGCUCCCUCUGAAUAUAGCUGGUACUCCUCUGGAGCCAGCUCCACUCGCAGCAGCCCUGUGUCUUCUUCAGAUGAUGACACUGUAAGCAGUGUGUCCCAGGAACGCUUCAGCAGAGGCCGCAGGGACAGUGCGUCGUCUGACUUCUCCAACAUUAGUGAAUCAGCAGCUGAUUAUUUCAGCCGUUCCAACAGAAGGGGCAGUGUUGUGUCUGAUCUAGAUGAUUUGAGCAUUCCAGAUCUGGAUGCUCUGGACGAAAAAUGUGACAAACAGUAUCCAGAUUACAGUCGGCCAUCUUCCCGAUGUGCCACCCCAGGCCUAUCACCAGCCACCCUGGCAUCAUUGGGUGGCACCUCAUCACGACGGGGAAGCACAGACACUGGCAGUGUCUAUGAUCCAGACACCAGUCUGAAUGAACUUAGGGAUAUCUAUGAACUAAAGGACCAGAUUCAGGAUGUAGAAGGGCGAUACAUGCAAGGGCUAAAAGAGAUGAAGGAGUCCCUUGUAGAAGUGGAGGAGAAAUAUAAGAAGGCGAUGGUAUCAAAUGCACAGCUGGACAACGACAAAGGCAACCUCAUCUAUCAAGUGGACACAUUAAAAGAUGUCAUAGAAGAGAUGGAGGAGCAAAUGUCGGAGAUGAAACGGGAGCUGGAAGAGAAGUCAAAGGAAUUAGAAAGGCAAAAGCACUCAUGUACUGUCCUGCAGCAUAAGCAAGAAGAACUAAAAGAGGGAAUUCGUCAGCGAGAUGAACUUAUUGAGGAGAACCAGCAAGUGCAGACUAAGUUAGAUGCUCUCACCAGAGAGGUGUUUGACCUGCAGGAAACGAUUAACUGGAAGGACAAAAAAAUUGGGGCCCUAGAGAGGCAGAAAGAGUACUUUGAUUGCAUUAGGAAUGAAAGAGACGAGCUCAGAGAUGAGCUUGCUGACCUCAAGGGGAAGGCCAAGCCAGUAGAGAAACAUGGGCUGGUCAUCAUCCCAGACGGCACACCAAACGGAGAUAUCAACCAUGACCCUUUGUCCUCAGGGAUCACUGUGGUCUCACAGGAGGCCGCUCAGGUGCUGGAGUCUGCAGGAGAGGGUCCGCUCGAUGUUAGGCUACGGAAGUUAGCGGAGGAGAAAGAUGAGCUGUUGUCUCAGAUCAGGAAGUUGAAGAAUCAGUUGGAGGAGGAGAGGCAGAAACACUCAAAGGUGGACAGCAUGUUCACAGACGGCGAGAAGAUGGAGAACGGUACAGACCUGCACUUCAUUGAGAUGCAGAGAGACACCAAUAGACAGAUUAGUGAAUAUAAAUUCAAGCUAUCCAAGGCAGAACAGGAAAUGGCUACGAUGGAACAAAAUGUAAACAGACUUGAGGGCCAAGUGUCCAGAUACAAGACAUCAGCUGACAACGCUGAGAAAAUAGAAGAUGAGCUCAAAGCAGAAAAGCGCAAACUCCAGAGGGAGCUGCGCACAUCUCUGGACAAGAAUGAAGAGAUGGAGAUGACCAACAACCACUUAGUAAAGCGUCUGGAAAAGAUGAAGGCCAACAGGAACGCUUUCCUCUCCCAGCAGUGAGGACAAGCCAGCAUCACCACAGAAGCCCUUAAAUUCUCACCGAAGACUGCCAUGUAGCUCCAGCUCCAACACUUCAUGUGUAGCUCGCCAACACUUGACAACUCCAGGCAUGGACAACAAAACGAGAGCAGAGCCGCCAGACGUGUCGGGUUUGUUCUGGCCCGGCAGUUGCAGAGACUCUAAAGUAAAGUAAAUCUGUCGUUGAGAAAGACGUGUGAGGACGUUUCUACUUUCUUUUUGUUGUUUUGCAAGAAUGUAGUGGAUUGUGGCAGGCAGCUUUGGCUGUUGGUUUUCUUUAGGUAAUUGCAUGAAUGAGUAUCAUGAUGCUUUUAAAAGACUGUCACGGCUGCACUGGCUCUGCACCCUCCAGCUUCCCUCACAGUCAAAGUGCCUUUUUCACACUAGCAGUCACUCUGCUCCAUCAUCUACGCUUUUAACUGUACAUCAGAGAGGUGCAGAUGGAACAUACCUAUAUACAACAAACUGCUGCAGUUUUCCUGACCUGUUGUUUUUUCAAAUAUU